AUGGCCGAGGCCAGCGCGUCGCUCCCAGGCAAAGGUCGGGUCACAGGUGUGUCGGGUGAGGGAGGAGUGGUGCCCUUGGACCCCAGCCCCAGCUGCCUGGACCGAAUCCCGCGGGACCGAUUUGAGGAACUGAGGAAAGCCUGUGACGAGGAAGGCGAGCUCAGGCGUCAGGACGGCCCGCGUCCAAGGGCAGGUGAAGAGGCAGACUCCUCGUCACGUCCUCCUGCAGCCAAGAGACGGAAAGUGGCCACCAAGGGGAAGAGACCCGGGAAACGGGCAGUGGACGAAUUGGAGGCUCAGAAGAUGAGAACCCUCGUGUCUUCUAUGAACCAGGAGCAGCUGGACCGUUACGAAGUGUAUCGCCGAUCAGCCUUCCCCAAGGCCACCAUGAAGCGUCUGAUCCAGACCGUGGCCGGCUCGACGGUGUCCCAGAACACGGUCAUUGCCAUGUCCGGAGUGGCCAAGGUCUUCGUCGGGCAGGUGGUUGAGGAGGCCCUGGACGUGUGUGAGAAGUGGGGGGAAACGCCCCCACUCCAACCCAAGCAUAUGAGGGAGGCUGCUCGGAGGUUACGGUCCAAGGGGCAAAUCCCCGGCAGCAAGCACAAGAAGAUCCUGUUCUUCUAG